GUAAACCCGUCUGUGAACAGAGACUACUGAGACUAGACGUGUAGAUAAAAGCUAUCCAGGCUUUUAGGAAAGCCUUGAAAACUAAAUGACUUGCCAUAGAUUAUAGCACUGAUCCAGCCUGCAGCCUCCCUGCAUGGCAAACUUACUUACUGGUCAGUGUUUGAAAGAUCACGCUAAUGUUGUAGUGAGGUCUGGGUUUUUUUUUUGUAAGAUCUGAAUUAAUUUCUUACCACCAUGGUGCUCGGAAAGGUGAAGAGCUUCUUUGUGAGCUAUGACUGUCUUAAUGACAGCAAUGUCCCCGUUUUCGCCAGUGGGGACUCGGUGUCAGGGAGAGUUAUCAUCGAGGUCACCGGAGAAAUUCGGGUGAAAUCCUUGAACAUCCACGCCAAAGGACUGGCUAAAGUUCGAUGGACUGAAUCUCGCAAUGCUGGAUCCAACACUGCCUAUACGCAAAAUUACACCGAAGAAGUGGAGUAUUUAAACCACAGAGACAUCCUAAUUGGACAUGAUCGAGAUGAUGAGAACCCUGAAGAAGGACUGACAACCCUUCACACCGGAAGACACGAGUACCCGUUCAGCUUCGAACUCCCUCAAACGGCCCUGGCCACCUCUUUCGAGGGGAAGCACGGUAGCGUGCGCUACUGGGUGAAGGCAGAGCUGCACAGGCCGUGGCUGUUGCCCAUGAAAGUGAAGAAGGAGUUUACUGUCUUCGAGCACAUCGACAUCAACACUCCGCUCCUGCUGUCUCCCCAGGCAGGCACCAAGGACAAGACUCUGUGCUGCUGGUUCUGCACCUCUGGUCCCAUCUCCCUAAGUGCCAAAAUCGAGAGGAGAGGCUACACUCCUGGCGAGUCGAUCCAGAUCUUCGCCGAGAUCGAGAACUGCUCGUCUCGCGUGGUCGUGCCAAAGGCAGCCAUCUACCAAACCCAGACCUUCUAUGCCAAAGGGAAAGUGAAGGAGAUCAAGCAGCUGAUCGCCAACCUGCGGGGAGAGCCUCUGCCCAGUGGGAAGACCGACACCUGGAACGGCAAGAUGCUCAAGAUUCCGCCAGUCUCACCCUCCAUCCUGGACUGCAGCAUCAUCCGGGUGGAGUACUCGCUCAUGGUGUACGUGGACAUCCCAAGAGCCAUCAACCUGUCGCUGAGCCUCCCACUGGUCAUCGGGACCAUCCCCCUGCACCCGUUUGGCAGCAGGACAUCCUCCGUCAGCAGUCAGUGCAGCAUGGCCAUGAGCUGGCUGGGCAUGGCACUGCCUGAGAGACCAGAAGCUCCCCCCAGCUACUCGGAGUGUAUCAGCCAAGAGCAGAGACCUAGCCUGGACCUCACGGCGGCACGCGAUGAACUGGAGGGUCCGCUGUUCGCCUACAUCCAGGAGUUCCGCUUUCAGCCACCACCACUGUACUCCGAGAUUGACCCCAAUCCAGAGCCCGGCUGCUGGACCGAGGAGAGGCGUCCGGACUUGUGUCCGUCUCGCUGAAGCGUCCCCUGCUGCCUGUCCAGAGCUGUCAGGCUGUUUUUCUCCUCGAGACUACGACGCCUCCUCUAUCUCCACACCCCAGCCCAGCGCGGGCCCAGGGGCUCAGAGACCCUGCAGGAGACCAGAGCUUCCCCUACAGAGGCAGCCCAGGAGUCUCCACCCAACCCGAACAAGCCUGCUCGCCCAGCCGAACCCGAACCCGGGCCGGAACCACAACCCGGUCCUUGGCCCGCUCGCAACCGGCUGGCACACGAUUAGGCACCUGCUUGCCCAUGGAGGGGACUACCCACUGAUGGUUUAAACUGUGGCACACGCUGAACGACAUAUUAUUACUAUUACUUUACUAUUAUUUUUUUGUUGUUGCCUGAGCAAAAACUGAAAGAGAAAUUGUGCCCUUGUCUCCUCCCUCCCUUCUAUGCCCCCUUGUGAUCCGCUCCGGAUCACCAUGGACACCACCAGGCCUGCGUUACGAUGCGUUGCGCAGGGCAACAGGGUUGGAGACACUCCUCCUGCCUCUGAAAAACGAUUUUGCACAUCUUGAGUUUUUCUCUUUUUGUUGUCAACGUUGUUGUUGUUAUUGUUGUUUAGCAGCAGGGUUUGUGUGGUUCACUCCUAAAGCGCCACUGUUAGUGCAUCCAGUGCCCAUACGCUCUAGAACAAGACUUGCGGGCUUUAGGCCGUAGAGCCCAAGUAGAAGUCGAUCGGGUUGCGCAAACCGAACGAAAGACAAUACAGAGAACAAAAGAAGAGAAAAGACGCUCCAGAGGAGCGCAAAAGAAGAGAAGAGGCUAUCUCUUUUUUUUUUUUUUUUUUUUUUAAAUCGACCAGCUGUCUGACUGACUAGAUAAGUAGUAGCCUCUUCGACAGUGUUUUUCUUUUUCUUUUUUAUUUCUAGAAGCUUCCCAGCUGGUCGUGGUUGUGUGUGUGUGUGUGAAGUGCAGGAUGUGUUUGCAGAGCUGAACUGUAUGGUCAGGGAUCAGAGGGAGGGGGUGAAAAGAGAAGGACUCCUUCCUCCUCCUCCUCCUCCUCCUCCUCCUUCUCCUCUUCCUCCUCCUCCUCCUCCUCUUGAGGGGUGUGGGAUGAGACACAAUCGCGCCCUGUGCCUUUGAGCUGUCCUCGCACACCACGUUGCCUUUCCACAGAGCUCACACACACACACGUGCGCAUCACUGUCCCAUCAAUCUCUCUGUCUCUCUCUCUCUCUCUCUCUCUCUCUCUCUCUCUCUCUCUCUCUCUCUUUCUCUCAGGUGUUCUGCUCACUUGCCAAACUUUUAAGACGAGAGGUGACACACGCUCACCCUUUCCCUCUUGCUCGCUCUCUCGCUCUCUCCCUCUCUCUCUCUCUCUCUCUGUCUCUCUCUGUCUCGAUCUUAACUGCGCUGUCAGUCAACACAAAAGGCAGGAUACCGAGAGAAGUGUCAGGAAAACCCUGCACAAAGAUGAUGCGAGAGAAAAAAAAAAACAAAAACGAAUGACAUUCCUCUUUUAGUCCUAAUUCUUUCUCGUUACUCGACGAAAUGACUCCUACAGAUAGUCAUGGAUGACGUCGAGUCUACGGUGACCCGGACAUGAGUUGAACUAGACUGUACCAUUAAAGCACAGUUGAAUUAAAGCGAAGCGCAGAGCGCGCUCCUCGAUGAGUUCUACAUUAGUUUUUCACACUCAUUCGAUGACGCGCAAGACAAGUUGGAGUUUGGCUUUUUCAGCCUUAACUGUAAUAAGCACUUUUAUUUUGUUAUUGUAAGCGUGAGUGUGUGCGAAAUUAAUCACACCAUAUGAAAGCAUUGCAACUACGCGGGCAUGAUUUAGUAAAACAAAUUAGGUAGACUUUUGUCUUUUUUGUUUAUUCAUGAAAGUUUACAAGUUGUUUUGUGUUUUUUUUUUUUUUUUUUUUUUUUUCUUUUUUUAUGGUGACCAUGUCUAUGUGCUUUUUUGAUGAACGAAAUGUUACUCAAGACAGUGCAGCUCUCUGUUGAGACGAUUGGAAGACAAACACAUGCCUGCGUGGCCUUGGCACAAAUCCUUUUCCUCGAUUCAAGCUCUUUGUUGUUAAAGACUACGUGCUUAUCAGCCAGGUUUUGUUCUCUGGGUUUUCUCAUCAUUGCAACUCUCAGUCAAAAAAGGGAAUAAUUAUCGUCUCGACAGCAUUUAUUUUGUGGCUGAAGCAGCGUCCUUUUGCGUUUCUCCUCCCGUUGUCUGCACGCAUGCAUGGGUUGCCGACUUGCUCACAGGCAGUUUUGUUGUGACAGAUGCUUCAUUAGCCGCGUGGCUUAGCUCUUUAAGUUACUAUGUGGACUUGCACGCCCCUUGAAAGGUCGAGCACGAAAAGCGUGAAUGCACUUCUGAAUGAUAUAGCUCCAUACAUAGAUAUAUAUAUACACAUAUCUAUGGCUCCAUACCUGACGAUGACACAAGAUUUUGUUUAUAUUACCUCCCGAGUGUGAAUUAAGCUUAUUCUAAGUUUUAGAAACAAAAAAAGUGCAAUAUUAUUUUAGUAUAUAUAUAUUUCCACUAUUUGUACAGUUUCAUAUCUUUUUUUUGUUUUGUUUGUUUUCUGCUUAAUAUUAUUAUCAUAUUUUGUCUGUAUUAUGCCAGUUGAUGAAUGUUUUAUGUUACAAUUUUGUUCUUGAUCUUCCUUGUUUUCAAAUAAAUAAGCCAUUUUUGAAA